GAUAUUUACCAAUAGGUAACAAAUUCACUGACUCUACUCAGCUGUCACACCCAAGUAAGCAUAAAAAGCUUGGAUGCAUUAUUUGAGGCUCUUAUUAUGGCCAUAAAUUGAGAUAAGAAUGAGAAGGUAAAGAGGGUUGGUUCAUGGCUGGAAGGUUGCCUGGUGUUGGGUUGCUUGCAAGGAAGAGAGCAGAGAGCAAUCACAGACAUGAAAAUCGACACAACUAUUACCUAAAGGAAUCCCUCCACCCACCUUCCAUUCCUCUCACUGUCUUAGAUGAAACUGCUCUCAAGGCCAGGCAGAGGCUUCACCACAAGCUUGGACACUUCUUUUCCUCCUACAGAUCAGGUGAGAAUCCGAGAAAAAAAGAGGGAAAAGUGAGGGAAAACAGUAACCAGAAGAAGGACGGAGGAUUAGGUCGGAAAUUAUUAGAGAGUUCGUGGUUAUUGCGUGGCAACAAGGUUAAGGAAGAGAGAAAAGUGUGUGCUGUUUGCCUUGAAGAGUUGGGAGAAGAACAACAUGUUAUGAACCUUUCAUGCUCUCACAAGUAUCAUUCUGCAUGUCUUCUUCCAUGGCUUGCUGCUCAUCCCCACUGCCCUUAUUGUCGAACUCCAGUACAACUCUGAUUUCGUAUAUACACCUUCCUAUAAGGGCUCAACACUUAAUUUCAGUAACUACUUCAAUAACUUUAUUUGUUUGAAUGUGGAGAUGUUGGUUUAUGUGUUCCAGAUUUAGUACAUGUAAUAUUUACUGUCCCAACUAA